GGAGCUUCGGGGGCGGAGCUUCGAGCGGCGCUCCCGCGGCGGGCUAGGACCUGUUGGGAUCCGCUGCCGCAUGGCUUCGGCCUCACCCGCUGCGACCAUGUCGGGCCGCGGGGCCCGGAACCUGCUGCAGUUCCUGCGGCUGGUGGGGCAGCUCAAGAGAGUCCCACGGACUGGCUGGGUAUACAGAAAUGUCCAGAAGCCAGAGAGCGUAUCAGAUCACAUGUACAGGAUGGCAGUUAUGGCUCUGGUGACCAAAGAUGAACGUCUUAACAAAGACCGAUGUGUACGCCUAGCCCUGGUUCAUGAUAUGGCAGAAUGCAUCGUUGGGGACAUAGCACCAGCAGAUAACGUCCCCAAAGAAGAAAAACAUAGGCGAGAAGAGGAAGCAAUGAAGCAGCUAACCCAGCUCCUCCCCGAGGAUCUCCAGAAGGAGCUCUAUGAACUUUGGGAAGAAUACGAGACCCAGUCUAGUGCAGAAGCCAAAUUCGUGAAGCAGCUGGACCAGUGUGAGAUGAUUCUUCAGGCAUCUGAAUAUGAAGACCUUGAGCACAAGCCCGGGAGACUGCAGGACUUCUACGACUCCACAGCAGGAAAAUUCAGUCACCCGGAGAUAGUCCAGCUUGUUUCUGAACUUGAGGCAGAAAGAAACGCUAACAUAGCCAGCGCCGCCAGUGAGCCACGCUCCUGAGAUGUCCCCUGCGCUGCUGCCCUCGUGGAGCAAACACUUCAGUUUUCUGUCUCACGGUUUUCUGUUUUGCCACUGUUGGUCUAUUGAUUUUCCCAGAUGUGUUUAUUUUCAAUUGCCUGGACUCCAGCAAGAAACGCGAUACAGUUUGGAUAAUAAAAGAAGCUACAGAAUGUGGUCACGAAAAUGUCAUGGAUGGAGACUUGGAGGCUGGUGGGGGUGGCAGGGGGGUGGUUUGAACUAAAUAAAAUUUUAAAAUCUUAAA